UUGAUCGCAUGUCACACUUUUCUUAUUGAUUAGACAGAUGAAAGUCGUAUUUCUGGUAUUUUUUAUAAUCAUUGAGAUUAUCCCUUUGGAUGGUCUCACCCGUAAUGAACAUUUGCAAUUUCUUCAGCUUCAAAAUGCUGCCUAUAAUAUGUAUAUCAGAACGUUUGCUGAAAGGAAGCAAAAACUCAAUGUAUUUAAAAGCUGGUAUGCAGCGACAACUCAAUUUCCACCGUUAAAAAACGAGUUUUUCGAAAAUGACACAGUUGUCGGUGAAAGCCAGCCGAAUUCUGCACCAGUUAGCAUGAGUCUUGUGUAUUCAAAGCCUCGGACUGUAGACGAUGAUAUCGGAAUGCCUCUCAACCAACCAAUUUUCACAAAAGACAAAACAAACUUCUACAACUACGGAAAGUUGUACCAAAAUUACUGGCAAAAUGGAAAAUAACAAUUUUUCUUUCGAUUUUUACGAAAUUUCAUUUUAUCUAUAGCUUAUUAAAUGAAUAAAUAUAGAAAUUUCUCAA